AUGAGUCUCAUAACCCACAAGAGGAUAUUUUAUGUCAAUUCAUUGAACAGAUCGAGUGGUACGAUCUCGCACUUCACAACUUCACUUGAGACUUAUGAGUAUGAUGAGUUCGAUCGUGUUGCAGUGUUACAAGCAUGCAUUCCCAAGUCAUUCUACACAGUGCCAAGGAAUAGAAACACAUUCACAUUGAUAGAGUAUGACGUGAGUGCACUAAUAACUGUGCCUGUUGGCAACUACAGCAGACUGUCUUUACAAGACACGAUUACAUCGUUACUCAAUGCUGCAUCGCCAGGAAAGUACACAUACUCUAUCACAUGGCCAACAUCAAAACAACCAAACACAGGCAAGUACACGUUCUUGUGUGAAGACCUAUUCCAUCAUUUAGGCUUUGAACAAGACUCGACAAACUAUUUCGUGGAUGGAGCACUUGUUAGCACCAAUGUCAUUGAUCUACAGAUCGAGAACAUAUUGUACAUUCAUUCAGAUCUGUGCAGCAAUGGAUCAGAUGAUGUUCUACAAGAACUAGUGUCAAAGACAAAGAAGACAUUCUACAUCUACUUGACAGACAAGGAUGGUGUAGAAAUAUUCCUCAAUGGUGUUGACAUGAACCUGACGAUCAUAUUGUUCAGACACAACGACAUCUAUGACUUGACAAGACAAUACAUUAACUACUUGCUGGUCAAAGAUCACGAGAGCAUUGAAGUCGAUAGAAAUAUAUAA